UUUCUGUUUGUAAAGUGUGAGACCCGUUUGACGGAGGAAACAAGAGGACCCAGUCCCAGCCCCAUCAUGAGCUUGAAUAAUAGUAAAGACUCAACAUCCCUCCUUAAAACGGAGACCGUUGAGAUACAGUUCAUCUCAUCUCUUGAUGCCUAUAGAAGACAGCUGUCUUGAUUGUCGCGGAAGAAUCACAGGCGACAGCUGCUGAGACGGUGUAAUGGCGCGUUACCAUGCAGAUCCUCCAGACGGUGGUUACGGGUGGGUGGUGGUUACCUCAGCCUUCUUUGUCAUGGGCUUGACCGCAGCCGUUCUUAAAAACUUCGGUUUGUUCUUCCUUGAGAUCCAAAGACAUUUUGAAGUCCUCACGAGCACCACAUCAUGGGUUACUUCCACCACCAUUGCCAUGUUUCAUCUUGGAGCUCCUGUUGCCAGUUCCCUCAGUGUCUUCCUCACCCACCGUGUAGUCAUCAUUAUUGGAGGACUUCUGGCUGCCUCAGGCAUGAUAAUCGCUUCUCUGGGUCUUGAACUGCCGUGGAUGUAUCUGUCUAUGGGAGUUUUACAAGGGCUUGGAAUUGCGUUGUCAUGGAUUCCAGCUAACAGCAUGGUAAACCAUUAUUUCGUUCAGUGGAGACCCAUCGCCUAUGCCAUCGCCAGUUCUGGAGAAUGUGUCUUUGCCAUGGUGUUCAGUCCAUUCUUCCAGUGGCUCAUCGAGACAUACACUUGGCAAGGGUCUCUAUUGAUCAUUGGAGGUCUUCAGCUCAACUUGUGCGUGUGCGGAGCAUUGAUGAGACCCCUUAAAUCAAGCCCUUUACCAUUCUUCUCUCAAAACAAAGCCACGGUGGACUCUAAAGAGCUUAGCACGAUCAAGAAACCCAGUUUCCAGUGGUCCCUUAUCCAGAGGCCUGAGUUGGUGCUAUACAUUGUGUUUGCCAUCUUUGCUGCAGCUGGGUUCUUCAUCCCCCCUCUCUUUCUGGUGCCGUACGCUACCAGUUUAGGGAUGGAACAGUACUGGGCGGCGUCCAUACUGUCGGCACUGGCCCUGGCCGAUCUCAUUGGCCGUCUGGUGUGUGGUUGGCUGGCCAGCUUGCGCUUAAUGCGGAACCUGCAGCUUCUGACCAUCGUGGUGACCCUUCUGGGUGUGGUGCUACUCCUGCUGCCUGUUGCCGAGGGUUACUGGGCCAUCUUGGUCUUCUCCUCAUUCUAUGGCUUCUUGUUUGGCUGUGUGGUGGCCAUCCAUGUCACCAGCAUUGUGGACAUCGUGGGGUUGGAAUGCUUUGACAGCGCCCUGGGACUCUUCAUGUUGUUUCGCAGCUCAGGGGGCUUCAUCGGACCACCAGCUGCAGGUUUGCUGGUUGACUGGGCUGAAGACUACAGCAUCGGCUUCUACCUGUCUGGCUUCUGUUUCAUCAUAUCCAGCGUGUUUGUUGUGCUAGUCGACUGGCUGCUGCAGAAAAAGCUGGCCUCUGCCAAGAAUCCAGAUCUCCCUGGAAAAUCUGAAGACUGUACUACCAGCUGCGGGGAGCAUGUAAAGCCAUGAAACCCAAAAGACUAGUUAUGAUUUCUGAUUAGUAUUGAUAAUUCAUUUAAAACCAGAAUCCGUUU